AUGGUAGACAGGGAGAAGGAGAGCAUCUUAGACCGGUCCAAGUACAUCCACAAAACCAUCUGUGUGAAGUUCCAGGGAGGCCGAGAGGCCAGUGGAAUCUUAAAAGGAUUUGACCCUCUGCUGAAUCUGGUACUUCACGGCACCAUUGAAUGUAUGAGAGAUCCCGAUGACCAGUACAAGCUCACUGAAGACACUCAUCAGCUGGGCCUGGUGGUCUGCAGAGGGACCUGGAUAGUGCUCAUUUGCCCACAGGAUGCCAUGGAGGCCAUUCCAAACCCUUUCAUCCAGCAGCAGGAAGGAUAG